AUGACCUUUGUCAAAACCCCCGUUCGGGCCUUCACCAGCCCCUAUUCAUUAUCCAAGGUCGUGCAACCUUCCAGCACUCAGCAUCGAUGUCGAAUCAUGGCAAACAUGACUGACUUGACUGAACAACCUUCAAAUAGAGCAGAAGGCUCCAUUGCCUCGGCUUUCGCCUCUCUAUCCAACCAGUCCAUUGACCUUCCCGCACGACUUCUACGCCUGAAACAAGAUAUCUCGCGAGGAAACGGGGAUGCCAUCUUGGAUGGAUGGCACCGGCUGUUAGAACGAGUAGCAGACGACAAACUAGCGCAGUGGGAUUCUCAUAUGAUCCCAGAAAUCGAGUUCUCCGCGAUCAAAUCCAACAAUGGCAAUCUUCCGGACCAUGCCAAGCAAGCUCUGAAGGAACGGGGCCCGAUCAUUGUUCGGGGAAUCGUGUCCCCUGGGGAGGCUCUUGCAUGGAAGCAACGCAUUCGCGAUUAUGUAUCUGUAAACCCUUCCGCGACAGGGUUUCCCGGUGACUCUAGCGUGCUGUAUAUCCCAGCUGCCCCACUGUGCGAGCCGCUGCCCCCCCCUGAUUUCCCUGGCGGUGUCGGCGAGAGCCAGCACAAGCACCGAGGCACUCUGGACGAUUUAUCCGAUCGAGGCAAACGUGCUAUGGGUUGCUUGAAGUUCGACGCUCCUAUUUCCGGCUCCCCGGGGCAACAAGCGGCUGCACGUCUUGCGAACACGAUCUUGGGAUUCGACGUUGACUAA